UUUUUUGGGCCUACAUAUAUGGAUGAUUACUUGAUAUAGCGCUCUCAUAAUAAUCUAGAAGAAAUUUUUUUUAUACCUAUCCAAAAUGGCAAGCUCAAGAAUCAACGAUGAUCGCAGCAAUCGAUCUGCUGCUUUUAGAGCAGUCUUAGAGGGGAAAAGACGGUCAGUAGAAAACUUUCGCAGUUUCUGGAAGGAAGAAAGUGUGAAACCACUUGUUAAAUGUGGUGAUACUGUUCUCCAUUUUCUGGCCAUUCACGGAAAUGCGGCUGCCUUCGAAUUACUUCUCCAAGAUGGUCUUGUGACUAGUGAAACUCUGAAGGCAAAGAAUGUCAAUGGCGACACUGCAUUGCAUGAAGCUGCAAGAUUUGGCCACAAGGAUGUUGCAGAGAUCAUGUUAAGGACAGAAAACGAUUUAGUGUCUGAGAGCAACAAACUGGGUGAAACCCCUCUUUUUGUGGCUGCGGCAUGUGGGAAAAAGGAAGUUUUCUCACUCCUGGAAAAGCAUAUCGGUGAUUGUAUGAUGAGGAGGAAUGACGGAUGGCAUAUUAGUGAUUGUAUGAUGAGGAGGAAUGACGGAUGCACAAUCCUUCAUGCUGCUGUAAUUGGAGAAUGUUACACAGGUUUGGCAAUUGGCAUAUUGGAGUCGUAUCCUGAUCUUGCUGGCAAACGUAAUGAAAAAGGAAAAACUGCUUUACAUAUUUUGGCUGCAAAACCAGAGUCCUUCCGGAGUGGUUCUGCAUUUACGCUCAAAGAUCUUGGGAGGAAGUCCCUCAUUCCUCUGCAUAUACUCCGACCUAUAAUCUAUUCUUGUAUUCCAGUCUUGUACAAGGAAUUGCGACCUGUCCAUAUUGCUGAAGAACCAAGCAAUUCAGCUUCCAUUCAUAAAUUGAACAGAUCUCGCUUUGUCAAGUUUAUCUUGGGUAAUCCUUUGCUUAAAGAAAUUGAUGAUGCAAAGCAAAGACAUGCAGUUGCACUAAUGCUUGCACAAAGGUUAAUCAGAAGAGAAUAUUGGAGCCACUAUGUGCAUACAGAGGACAAAGAUCUUGAAGGCAGCCAGUUUGGGAUAUCAUCAGAACAGAAAAAUAGGAUGCCAGAUCCACUAAUACAAACAACGAGACUUGGCAUCAUUGAGGUAGCUCAGGAAAUCCUGAGUGUCUACCCUGAAGCUGUGUGUACCGUCGAUGAGAAAGGAAGGAAUAUACUGCAAAUUGCAGUGGAGGAGAAAAAAUGGUUAUUGUACGACUACUUGAUGACUAGUGGCAUUCACAAGGAUAGGAUGCUAAGUGCUAUUGAUUAUAAAGGAAAUAGCAUUAUACAUCUCGCAGCAAGCCUGGGAUCCCCUCCCAGCACCCCCCAUGGAUUUAUGCACCAAAUGAUGUGGGAUGUCCUCUGGUUUAAGCGAGUGCAGUAUGACUGUUAUCCAUAUCUCUGGCAACUACAAAAUUCUGAGGGGAAGACAGCAGAACAAGUAUUCGAGACGAACCAUGCAAGUGUACGCGAAAAGGCUGAGAAAACUGUGAGAGAACUGGCCAACACUGUGUUGAUUGUGUCUGUCCUCAUUGGUACCAUAAACUUUGCUGCAAUUUUUACUGUACCUGGAGGUUUCGAUCAAGAGAGUGGAGAGCCCAUUUUUCUUAAGAAGCGGCACUGGGAAUUCAGCUUGUUGAUGUACUACUUAGCUGGAGGGCUGUUCUCCUCUCUGUUCACCAUGGGAACUCUGCUUGUGAUUAUCUUUAUGCGAUUUGAAACUGAGGAUUUUUAUGUUUCCCUGCCCUUCUACUAUGUGCUCGACGUUAUUUCCAUCUUCUACUCCGCGGGCUUCACAAUCACAGCAUGUUGCCAAGCAUUAAUAGUGCUGAAAGUCGUGAUUACCAACUUCAGACCCCUCGUGCUGCUCUUCUUUAUAUUUGGUAUGGUGGCCCUUGUGCUCCUGGAAACAUCAUAUGUGAUAUUCGACUAUAUGUAUUAUCUGAUUCGUUAUUCACUUUCUUAUAGAGGGCAAGAAUCUUAAGCACUGCACUUGUUUAUUCAUGUUAAUUUCGUGCAGACUGAAAAGAUUUGAGCAAGUUUGUAAAAAAACUUUUGCUUGCCAUCUAUUUAUUUAGGAGAAUUUUGAU